AUGUUUUGUUUCUAUAUUUGCUCCCCUGAGUAUUUUUGUAUUCUUCAGCUCUUCAUUUUCUGUACCUUUGCUGAUUCUGAGUGUGUGCUGCUGGCAGUCAUGGCCUUUGAUAGGUACCAGGCCAUUAGCAACCCCUUGCUCUACACAGCAAACAUGUCCAGCAGGGUAUGUUCUAUGCUCAUGGCUGGAGUUUACCUGGUGGGAACAUCAGACGCUUUGAUACAUACAACUUUGGCAUUCCGCUUAUGUUUCUGUGGGUCUAAUGAGAUCAACCACUUCUUCUGUGAUCUACCUCCACUUUAUCUUCUCUCCUGCUCAGAUACUGAAGUAAAUGAGUUAGCAUUAUUUACUAUUUAUGGUUUUCUUGAACUGAGCACCAUCUCAGGAGUCCUUGUUUCUUACUGUUACAUCAUCUCAUCAGUCUUAAAAAUCCGUUCAACUGAGGGGAGGUUCAAGGCUUUCUCCACCUGCACCUCUCACUUGACUGCAGUUGCUAUUUUUCAAGAAAUUCUACUCUUCACAUAUUUUCGACCAAGUUCUUCUUAUUCCCUUGAUCAAGACAAAAUGACAUCUCUAUUUUAUACCCUUGUGAUUCCUUUGCUGAACCCACUAAUUUACAGUUUAAGAAACAAGGAUGUGAAAGAGGCCUUGGAGAAAAUUAAAAGAAAAAGAUGGUUUUAA